AGUACUGACAGAUGUGUUUUUAUUAAUCAGUGCUGAUAGUACGGUCCAUAAAAUUAAAUGUACUUUCUGUAUGCUGAUGUUCUCAAUUUGCUCAGCAACUUACUCUUUACCACAGGAAGAACAAACAUGGAUCAAGCAGCAUAAAGCAGGUCCUGGAUUCAGGAAUCAACACAACAUGUGAUAAGAGCCUAACCUCACUUAACAUCUGCACACUGUUACUGCAGUAGGUAAUCAAUCCAAUUCUUUGAAUACGCUGUAACUUCAUGCAUGUACAGUAAGUCUCCCAACAGAUCAAGUAAGAAUAAUCUUUGUAAGUACUUGAAUAGUACUUAUUUCAUUUAGUGUCAAUAUUCAGUCAAUAAUCUAUAAUUACAAAGUGCAUCAUUCUUGCUCCUAGUUUGUUUGUGCCAUCCGUGACCCUGGUCUUAGCUCCCUACAAGUCAUUGUUUUUUUCAUGAAAUUAUUUGUUUCCAAUCAGAGAAUUAUCCAUCAUGUGAUUGCUUGCCACCUUAGGCGUGUCACUAAACCCACCUCACUACCAACGCUUGCUGCCGUGUGAGUCCUCUCUAGUAUUCCAAUCCUCCGACAUGCAGUCCUUAUCAGCUCUGACACGCUUAACCUGUGCAGUCCCUAAAAUUUUCAGUGUUACAAAGCCCCUGAUAACACGGCGAUCCACACCAAUCUUUACGGGACAGUGUAUGGCCAUGAGCAAAAGAAAAGGCUUUGAUUGGUUGCCACCAGAUCUAAACAAAGAGGACGAUAAUGAUCUAAACAAAGAGGACGAUAAUGAUCAAAACAAGGUACACUUAGCCGGAAAGUACACAGUCUUUAAGGACGAAGAUGCUGAUAUCAUCUUGGAUGUUGAUGAAGAGAGAGCCCUGAAGGCCCAAGGUUUCCGGCGCGAACUGAAAGAGAAAGAGAAAGUAGAAACGGAUUAUUUCGAAGGAAUCAACUUGGAGCGUGGAAAGGAAGGAGUUUUUGACGUAGAUGAUCUGUUACAUGUGCUCAAAGUUAAUAAUGCGGAGUCAAUAUUUGUAGCUACACUACCUGAAGAACUCCAGUAUGCUACUUACAUUGUUAUUGUUUCGGGCAAAUCAAAAAAGCAUAUGGAUGCUAUUGCAACAUUCGUCCGCAAAGUCUACAAAAUGAAGGUCAAAUCCCAGGGACCAAUCCCCCACCUUGAGGGACAAACAUCUUAUGACUGGCUGGCGUUGGAUUUAGGUAACAUAAUUCUUCACAUAAUGUCUCAUAAGGCGCGGAAAUUUUACGAUCUGGAAUGUCUGUGGUCGGUCGGUCCCGAACAUGAUAGCAAAAUCAAUGAUCCAGAUGAUCCAUUGGUUGCACUUCUGGAAGAACACACUAUCAAUUUGUCUGAUUUCCAACCAAUGGACCCCAGAAAAGAUCCUUCAACCGAACAACAGUCACGGUAAGAGAAUGAACCAAGAUGACCUCUUUACUUCCUAAAUGCUGAGUUGAAUUAUCAUCGCAGAGUCAAGAAAUGAUUCUACUUCUAGCAGUUGGACUCACGUCCGAGGGUGCCUCUGAUUAAUUCAAUACUAAUGUUUAAUAAUUGAACUGAAUUCUGCAUCAAGGACCUAUUAUUUUUGGCUCAUCCAUAAGGACGUAUAUCAUUGCCCGCCUGACAAAAGGGCAUAACUACAAAAGCGUUCAAUCACAUGGGUGACAGGGCUUAUUGCCGAGUGUAGUUCUGUUUGUAUGUCAGGAAGGCGAAGAUAUAUGUGUACCUAAGGAAAACUGAUGUUUUAUUUGUUGCUUACACAAUGAGCCACAAAUGGACUACAUUUUGCAAUUCGGAACCAUAACUUCUGGCUCAUCUGUAAAAACACUUAUGCCCGCAGGGAAACUAAUGACACAUACGUUGUUUCUAAAUUGAGCCAGAAAUUAUAGUUCCUAAUUGCAAAAUGUGGUCCAAAUAGCAGUUCCUUAUUGGAGAAUCUAGUCCAAUUAAUAUAAAUUAGUUCUUUGAAAAAAAUGUGGAAAUGGUGAAGUUAUUUAAAAUGUUGUAUAUUUGGUUUACCGGAAAUGGGUCUGUCGCUCUCUGAGAGAAAGAUCCAAAUGAGGAGCUUUCAUUGGGUGAAAUUCCACAAAAUCACUAAUGAGCACAGCAAAAAAGUCUGAAAUCCACUCCUUAGUGUGCAGUUUGUAACAGGCUUUUUUUAAUUUCCUGCAUCUGCUGGCAGUCUGCCAUCCUAGGCAAUCAGGUUCGCAAGAGAAAGACGUAAGAUAAUUUUAUAUAAAUAAACAAGCAAUCUUAAGAAUUGUUACAAACGAUUUUUACCAGUUGAUCUAGAGCUCUUAUUCUUGCAACAGAAAGAAAUUAGGAGGAAACAAGGGCUUGAAAACGAUUAAAAUCAUAUACAAGAAAAAAUAAGCGAGAUAAUUUGUUCAUCAAGUUUAAGUUUUCCUACGUCCCUAUCCUAGCAAAGUUAGUCGUGGACGUCCAAGAAAUUAUUGCCUGGGGACGCUGGGAGUUUGAAAAAUUGUGUUACACAGUGCGCUGAAGAUUGGAUUUCAGACUUGUAUGUGUCCAUUUUGAUUUGUGUGUGAGUUUAUCUGUGAAAAGUCGAUUUGUAAAGCUGUAUCUCUCGCAUGCAGCUGACCUAUCCAAGGGAACUUCUCUUUGAGCCUUUUCAUUUUCUUUCCUCAUCUUCUAGCAUUUCCACUGAAUUGUUGGAUUAUAAAUUAUUUAAUUUUUUAGGCCUUGUGAAUACUCAAUAAAAAUGCCGAAAAUACCUAUUCAAUCUCUGCAUACUAUGACUUUGACUGUUAAAUGAGGUUCAUUAUUUGUAUGUGUAAUUUACUGGAAAAGAACAGCAAUUUGCAUUUUGUUUUCAUUUUGAUCAUCUCAGUGUUUGGUAUACUUUUCUUACCUUGAAAAAAGACCAAUUUUUUAACAUAGCUGACAUGUGCAACUAAACAUCCUAAAAAUUGUUGCAUGUGUAUUAGUUCUAGGUUCAUCUCUAGUUCAAUUCACUUUUGACUUGAACUCUAUGAAAUGUGUGCUUAAUAAAGUUUCAUUUGUUCCAAA